GUUCACUUAUCGUUCAGUUCAGGUUGACGACUUGUAAACGGUUAUUAAUUUGCAGACGAUUUUAAUUUGCUUAUUUAAAUCAAAUAAAUCAUGUCAUUUAUCGGACGUACACUGCUGCGCAAUGUAAGUGUUGUGCCGCUCAUAAGUAAAGUCAUCGCUGGUCAGCAUAAACAAACAGCACGUCUGCUGCAUCAGACUAGUGCACUGUACGCAGUGCGUGUGCAACAGCCGGCACCCGAUUUUAAAGGCUUGGCCGUCGUUGGCAACGAUUUCCAGGAGAUCAAACUCGAGGACUACAGAGGCAAAUACUUGGUUCUGUUCUUCUAUCCCUUAGAUUUCACCUUCGUCUGUCCAACAGAAAUUGUUGCAUUUAGCGAACGCAUCAAGGAGUUCCAGGACAUCAACACCGAGGUUGUGGGCGUCUCGGUUGACUCGCAUUUUAGCCAUCUGACUUGGUGCAAUGUGGAUCGUAAAAAUGGCGGUGUCGGCAAGCUGAAAUACCCAUUACUCUCGGACAUCACCAAGAAAAUAUCCGCUGAUUACGGCGUGCUGCUUGAUAAGGAAGGCAUCUCGCUGCGUGGCACAUUUAUUAUCGACCCCAAGGGCGUGCUGCGUCAGUACAGUAUCAAUGAUUUGCCCGUAGGUCGUUCCGUGGAUGAGGUGUUGCGUUUGAUCAAGGCUUUCCAGUUUGUGGAGGAGCACGGUGAAGUGUGCCCAGCCAAUUGGAAUCCGAAAACGAAUCCAGCUACUAUCAAGCCAGACGUUGACGAGUCCAAGCAGUACUUCAGCAAGCAUGGUUAAAUCACUAAGCAAACACUCCACAUUCAUCACAGAACAACAAACACCUUAAUAAAGCUCUAAACUAAUGUUUAGUCAAUCCUUUAA